GUAAUGUAACAGCGAGCGAAUUGUGCUGCAUUGUUGUAAUAUUAAUCAAGGAAAUAUAUCUUUCAAGGGUACAUGUAGAUAUUAGGAUAUAUCUUUGUGCUGUGUCGAGUCGCUGUAUCUGCAUUCUGUGCGCUGCUGUCCUUUAUGAAUCUGUAACGGUGAGCUGAUCUAUCUUCACUUGAUCUUUGAGGUCUGAGACUCCCUCAUAUUACACUGCAAACAUGGCAGGAAUUGGCAGGCUGUCCACCAAAGGCUCAGUGCUGUUACUGUGUGACAUUCAGGAGAAGUUCAGACCCAAUAUUUUCCAGUUCACAAACAUCGUGAGCAAUGCCGCAAGGAUGCUACAGGCAUGUCGAAUCCUGAACAUCCCUCAGAUUUUAACCGAGCAGUACCCUAAAGGUCUGGGCCCCACUGUUCCUGAGCUGGGGGCCGAGGGCUUGAAGCCUCACACAAAGACCAGUUUCUCCAUGCUGACGGAGAGUGUCGAGAGCUCACUCAAGAGCCUGGGAGACCCUCAGCAAGUCAUACUAUGUGGCAUCGAGGCUCAAGCGUGCAUCGCGUGUACAACCUAUGAUCUCCUGGAGCGAGGCAUGGAGGUCCAUAUUGUGGCAGAUGCUGUCUCCUCUCGAAGUCAGACGGAUCGUCUUUUUGCACUGUCACGACUGAAGCAGAGUGGGGCGUUUCUCACCACUACAGAGGCAGUUUUAUUACAACUAGUGCAGGAUGCCAAGCAUCCCAACUUUAAAGAGAUCCAGAAACUCUUGGCUCACCCCUCCCCUGAUACAGGCCUGCUGGCCUUCUUCAGCUCUCUAUAGGGCCAGUCACACACCACACCCUGCACACAUAAUUACAUAAAUUACUAAAAAUCAGCACAAACUGCUCUCUGAACCUGUUGGAAUCAUGUGAUCUUUGAACAUUUGAGUAUUCAAUUAAAUAUUUACUUUCAUGGAAACGCAAAUAUUUUACAUUUCAAAUCAGUCAGAUGGUUCUAAAAUUCAGUGUCAGAAAAACAGUAAGAGUUGUUGGUAAUGCUAAAAUAAGGUCUGCAUGUUAACAUUAGUUAAUGCAUUAGAUAUCAUAAACUAACAGUCAGCAUUUUUACACCAUUUAUGGUAACAUUUACAGUAAAAUCCCACUAUUUAAUGUUUGUUAAUGCAUUAACUAAUACAUUCGUUACAGUAUUUAUUAAUCUUAGUUAGCGUUAGUUAAUAAAAAUACAACUGUUCAUUGUUAGUUCAUGUUAGAUCAAGUCCUUGAAAUGAUAUUAACAGAUACAGCUUUUGAUUUGAAUUAGUAGUGAUCUAUUAGUACAUUAAUUAACAUUACCUAAUAUUAAUAAAUGCUUUAGAAGUAUUUUUCAUUGUUAGUUCAUGUUAACUAAUGUUAGCAAAAGGAACCUUGUUAUAAAGUGUUGCCGCAUUGAUUAAUCUAGGUUAAUUUUAAUUUAUAAAUAUACUAUUUUGGUAACUCUUUACAGUAAGAUUUCAUUAGUUAAGUUAAUUCAAAUUAAGUUAACAUGAAUAAAGAAUGAACAAUACUUCUGCAGCAUUUAUUAAUCUUAGUUAAUGUUAAUUUCUGUUAUUAAAUUCAAAAGUUGUAUUUAACAUUAAUGCACCAUGAACUAACAUUAACAAACAAUGAACGACUAACAAAGAUUAAUAAAUACUGUUACAAAUGUAUUAUUCAUUGGUAGAUCAUGUUAGUUUAUACAUUAACUAAUGUUAACAAAUGAACCUUAUUUUUGCAUGUAAAGUGAUAUGAAUGUAUAAAACCUUAUUGUAAAGCAUUGCCAAAUGAUUAUAUUCUGUACAUGCAUCACUAUAAAAUAAGAAUAAAAUAUUAUUUGUUA